GUAGGGCUGAGUAAAUUUCUGUCAGUGUGAUUCUUCCAAAUUCUUCACUUAAUCCUUUUUUUGUUUUUACGCAUUUUCGUUCUAUGGGUUCUUAUAAUUAGUUCUGUUAUCUGUGGCAUAAAGUAACACCAAAGGUAUACUUUAUGAUCUGUGGUUCUUAUAGUACUGUUUUUGUUUUUUAACCUGUGUUUAGUGUUUUAAAAUGGUUUUAAACAAAAGUCGUUGAGUAUAACUCCUAUUAUUAUACAAACUUGCAUUUUUAAAUAUAUAAUAGCUUUAGGUUCUAUUACCUUCUUUAGCUUAUUAGUCUUUAUUAAUAGGACAUAGGACAAAAGGUGGGAUUCUGUAAUAAUGAUUUUUAACGUAAUAUUGUUAACAUUACUUUUAUUAAAUGGAAUUAUUUGUAUUGAUAUGGAUCCAUUAGGGUAUAUUUUGUAUUGUCCAUGUAUGGGUAGAUUUGGUAAUCAAGCAGAUCACUUUUUGGGUGCUUUAUCAUUUGCAAAGAAGUUAAAUCGAACACUGGUUUUACCAGCUUGGAUUGAAUAUAGGUACGGUGAACGAAAGUCCAUCCAGGUGCCUUUUGAUAAAUAUUUUAAAGUUGAGCCAUUAAGUAAAUACCAUAAAGUUGCCACCAUGGAAUUAUUUAUGAAGGAAAUUGCACCAUAUGAGUGGUUACCAGAACAACGAGUAGCGUUUUGCUAUAUGGCUAGAGGUAAUGGUAAUAGUUGUAACGCUAAAGAAGGAAAUCCAUUCGGACCAUUUUGGGAUACCUAUGGAGUUGAUUUUGUGGGGUCAGAGUUUUAUGGACCUCUGCAUUAUGACAUAAGUAAUGAAGUAGAUUUAAGAAAUUGGAAAGAAAGAUAUCCCCCCAGUGAAUGGCCCGUGUUGGCAUUUAGUGGAAGCCCGGCCAGUUUUCCUGUGUCUUUGGAGAACAGAGACUUGCAGAAGUAUCUAGAAUGGUCAGAUGAGAUAGAUCAACAAGCGGACGAAUUCAUCAAAACGAAUAUGUCGAAAGGUGCUUUUAUUGGAAUCCAUCUAAGAAACGGUAUUGAUUGGGUACGCGCUUGUAAGCAUAUUCCCGAAAGUCCAAAUCUUUUCUCCGCUCCACAGUGCCUUGGUUAUAGAAACGAGAAAGGAAAAGCUACUCCAGAAAUGUGUCUCCCGUCAAAGGAAAUUAUAUUAAGACAGCUAAAAAGAACAAUUAAAAUGAUCAAUAACAGUCCUACUAAUGAAUAUAAUCAUAAAACUAUUAAAAGCGUAUUUGUUGCGUCUGAUAAUAACCAUAUGAUUGAAGAUUUACAAUCCGCCUUAAAAAGAAUGAAAAUAAUUGUAACAAAGCUUCCUUAUUCGAAUCCGCAUGUAGAUUUGGCGAUUUUAGGGAAGGCCAAUCAUUUUAUAGGUAAUUGUAUUUCUUCCUUUACUGCGUUUUGCAAAAGAGAACGAGAUGCUAAAGGAUUUAUUUCGUCAUUUUGGGCAUUUCCCGUAGAAAAAUCAUUGAAAAAUAGGCCAGCUCAUGAGGAGUUAUAAAAUCACAUUUAACACAUUACAAAAUGGCAAUUUACUAGUCUUUACACUUUAAAGCGCAGCAUCGCGUUUAUUAAAGAAACAAACUGGCUAAAUUACCGCCGGCGAUAUAGACAAUGGAUGAAAGGAAGAACGCCGUUAGACGGUUUUACAUAUUUAUUAACAUGAAUACCACCGAACAACGAGGUAAAUAAAGUACGGGGGAUUUUGCUAAAUAUAUAACGAAUACCGCUAUUCAGCGGUACUCUUUUUUAAAAAAACAGAAAUACCGCCCUUAUUUUACCAAAUUUUAUCUGAUUGUAGGUACUGUUGUAAAAAUAAAACUACAUUUUAUUGCAUACAAAAAUGAACAUUUUUGACAUUUGAAAUGCAAUAUAAACAAGCAAGGAAUACUAAACUUUUUGUCGCCUAAUCAAAAUUCAAAAAUAAAGGAAAUUUUUGUUAUCAUUUCGGAUUGAGUUCGUCAGAAUGGAGGGACUCAAAAUAGUAAAGAUUUGGCUGUUGGUGGACCUUAAAGUUAGGUCGAACCCACGGCCACACAGAAAGCGUUUUUUGCGUUUUUAGCGUGAAGCGUCUUUAGCGACUAAA